UCCGGGAGGCGCUCCGCACGUUCGCCGUGCUCCGCCGGGAAGAUGGGGAAAGUGAGGGGGCUGCGCGCCCGAGUGCACCAGGCUGCCGUGAGGCCGAAAGGGGAGGCCGCCCCGGGCCCCGCGCCCCCUACCCCGGAGGCGACCCCUCCGCCGGCCUCGGCCGCGGGGAAGGGUGCGUCCUUGAACAUGUGCACGGCCUCCAGACUGCCAGGGAUGCGACUUCCUGGGAGUUGUUCCUGGGUCAGAGGGCCUUACUGUCUACCCAGGAGCCUUGGGCACCCUGCCCUCUGCAUCCGUCACCACCCAGAGCUCCUUCCUGGUCAACAACACCCUUAGGCGUGAGAGCCCUCGCACGAGCUCCAGACAAAGACUGGGCGUUCAACACCAACAUCUUUGCCAGGACCAAGAUAGACCCCAGCGCCUUGGUGCAGAAGCUGGAGCUGGAUGUGAGGAGCGUCACUUCCGUCAGGAGAGGUGCAGAGGCCAAAACCGUUUUGCCCAAGAAGGAGAAAAUGAAGCUGAGGCGUGAGCAAUGGUUGCAGAAAAUCGAAGCCAUAAAACUGGCUGAGCAGAAGCACAGGGAGGAGCGGAGGCGGAGGGCCACGGUGGUAGUGGGGGACCUGCACCCACUCAGGGAUGCCCUGCCCGAGCUGCUGGGGCUCGAAGCUGGCAGCCGGCGCCAAGCCCGCAGCAGGGAGAGCAAGAAGCCCCGGCCCUCAGAGCUCAGCCGGAUGAGCGCAGCCCAGAGACAGCAGCUUCUCGAGGAAGAAAGGACCCGGUUUCAGGAGCUGCUGGCCAGUCCGGCCUACAGAGCCAGCCCCCUGGUGGCCAUCGGGCAGACGCUGGCCCGGCAGAUGCAGCUGGAAGGUGGCGGCCAGCUCUGAGCAGGGCAGCGGGCACAACUCCUCAGGACACAUGUGUGGGCCAAGUGGAAAGCACCGCCCCUCAAGGACCAUGGCCUGAGCCUGGUGGACGCCCUUCCCUCUGGUCGGUUGUGGGGCUCAAUAAAUGGCUCUGUGAACUUCCCCUGCACCGCCAGGGUCGUUCCCAUGAGCUGCUCCCUGAUUCACAGGGCUAGGCCCACCCUGGGACAGCUGCCCCUGCUCUCCCCAGGACAACAAGCCACAUCGCUCCACUGGGGGCCCCAGCCCCCACGCAGUCAGGGUGGACCGUGCACAGGGUUUGUGGGGACUGCAGUUGCGGAGGCCCCAAGUCCAUCCCUGAGCAGACACUGGUGCCCCCAAGAUAGCCUCCUGGCUGUGUUGGGAAGGAAUUGUGCCUGGGUGUGGCCCCAGCUGUGCCACCAGCCACCCUGAUUUGCUUCAGCCUUGGUUCCUGCUGCAGCCCUGGUGGGAUCCAGGAGCAUUGAGGCCUGCAGGGGCUGCCGUGGGGGCUGGCUCAGGGCCCUCCCCACCUGGGGGUCUGUUUCCCUUCCAGUCUCCCCUGCCACCCUCAGUGAACAGGGACACAGAUGGCCCUGGCAAGGCCCCCGGCCUGCUCCUCGCCUGUUGUCUGCACCCCCUGGGCUGCACCCCCCCACCCCACCCAUUGCCCUCACCCUACCCAGCUGCUCCACACCCACUGCCUUGCUCUGGGGGCAGAGAGCAGAGGGUCCUUCUGCAGGGAGGAGAUGGGGAGUGGGCCCAGCCCUGAAGCUCUUGCUGACCCGGAAGUGAGAGAGGUCCUCCUUUGUUGCUGGAAGCCCUGGGAUUUGGAGGUUGGUUUUUGGACUGUGAAUCAGUGACUGAUCAGUCCUUGUUUUCAGGUUGUGGAAAGCAAGGGGAUGGUGCGUCCCCAGGCCCCUGAGGCCCAGAUUGGCUCCCUCUGCUCGAGCUCCCCCCGUCCCAGUGCCCUGCGGGGCCUUGCUGGCCCAUGUCCUGCAGUGGGGCUGGGCAGGCUGGGUGUGGUGGUGCACCCCACUCGGAGUGUCUGGGAAGUGCAGAGCAGGACCACUCUCAGCUCCCAGGCGGUGGCCCAGCACCUUGAGCCUUCCCAGGCUGCCUGGGGUGGGGGUGGUCCCAGGGACUCCGGGGCCUCCUGGCUCCAGGGCAUGUGGGUGGCCCCUGUGCACAGCCUCUCUUGUUGUGAGCCCCCUUGGUCCGACCUCCCCUGGCCCUGCUGCCUGCUCAGGGUUCAUAGCCCCAGCAGCCCCGCCAAGGCUGCCUGGCGAGUGGGUGGCCGAGGCAAGUUGGAGCCUGCGUCCCUUCUGUUCAGUGUCCUGGCCCUUCCCUGACACGAGCAGACACGGCAUCCACAGAGACAGCCUGGACACCCUCCAGGGCCCCGGCCGAUGGGACAGAUGGGCGUACAGGAGCCACAGGCAGAUCCCACGCUCCCUCGGCCGCGGCUGGCUUGGCUGCCCAGCCCCAGCUCCUUAGAGAACGGGCUUCUCGCUUCAGAGGAGCUGGUCACAAACCAGUGCUUGCAACAAAACCAUUUUUGUGGUAGAGCGAGUGUUGGGAACAAUGUCUGUGGGAUGCAGCGCAGUGCAGCGCGGUGGGGAGGCAGGCGGGGGCGGCUUCCACUUUCUGCAGCAUCCUAAUCCCACAGUCUGGGUUUCUUGUGAAAAACCUGGCCGGGCGCAGUGGCACACACCUGUAGUCCCAGCACUUUGGGAGGCCAAGGCAGGCGUAUCACUUGAGGCCAGGAGUUCAAGACCAGCCAACAUAGUGAGACCCCAUCUUGACAAAA